CAUCGGGCUAGCUGCUCAGGUUUUUCCAAGCGAAGACCCGUAUCGCUUCUCCGACCAAUAUCCACACACACUGAUUCCAUCACAUUGUCCUCCCGUUUCCCCUCUCCAUAUGUCUUGGGAACGAUGGCUGCCUAUAAAUUACCAGAAGGAUAAAUACUACACGGCUGGAAGCUGAUUCCGUGUUCACAAUCCUACCUUCUCUUCUUCCUCCCACCUCUCUACCUCUCUUGCCCACGUCUUAUACGACCUAGUGGCGCCUUCGAAGCUUUCCUACAUCUUUCUAUCCCUCUAUUGUCCGUAUUGAUAGCUCGCCACAUACACCAUGGCCGAGUCACCAUCGUCUUCAGAUCCUUCUGAGAAGGAUUUGGAAACGGGUGAACAACGCUUGGGUCGCCCAGAACGGCGGACAACCAUCAAGUUUGAUGGCACGUCGUCUUCAGACUCUCAAGGAGGAGUCUAUCAAUCUCAGCAGUCUAAUCGCCCCCGCUCUCUGAGCAGGGACUCGGCGAAGAGCGGGCGAAGUGGUGUACAGAGCUCUGGGACAGCUGGUAUCCCUAUCGAAUUUCGAACUCUGUCUAUCCAAAUAUCGGAGGCACAGAGAGCUACCGAAGAGGUCAUAAAGGAAAGGCAAGAGAAGGAGAAGCAUCCAGAUCAUGACUACUUUGAAAGCCUAGACUUUCAUAUCCUCAGCACAGACAGACUGUCUCAACAACUCAAUGUCGAUUGCAGAUAUGGACUCAGUUCGUCAGCUGCUGCUCAACGACUCGAACGCGAUGGCAAGAACGUGAUAGCACACCACCGAGAAAACUACCUCAAAAAGAUUCUCGGGUAUGUCUUCGGGGGUUUCUGUUCGGUGCUGUGGAUUGGCGUGAUUAUCUUCUUCAUCUGCUGGAAACCUCUGAGCAAUCCGCCCUCUGUUCCUAGUCUUGCGAUGGCGAUCUUGGUCAUUAUCGUUAUUGUUCUGCAAGCAAGCUUCUCUGCCUUUCAGGAUUGGUCUACAAAGCAUGUAAUGAACUCGAUACUCAACCUGCUCCCAUCCGAAGCACUGGUCCUACGUGACGGGAAGCAGACAAGAGUGCCUUCAACGGAACUUGUCGUUGGUGAUAUAGUGUACGUUGGUAUUGGGAAUAAGGUCCCAGCAGAUAUGCGCCUUUUCGAAAGUUCGGGAGACGUCCGCUUCGAUCGUGCAGUGCUCACUGGCGAAUCUGAUGAGAUCGACGGAGCAAUAGAUGCUACCGACAACAACUUUCUGGAAACGAGGAACAUUGCUUUCAUGGGUACCAAUGUGACAAACGGAAAUGCGGUUGGUAUGGUGGUGCUUACUGGCAGUCGCUCUGUGAUGGGUCGCAUAGCCAAGAUGACUGCUGGUGUAAAGGAGAAGCCAACGUUGAUCCAAAAGGAGAUCACACGGUUCGUCACGAUUAUCAUUUGCCUUACCAUCACGCUGGUCUUAAUCAUUCUAUUUACCUGGGUCGGCUGGUUGCGCGUUGAUCAUUAUGCCUUCAUGAAUGUCGUGGCAAUGCUAAACAAUGUGAUGGGCUGCGUUGUUGCUUUCAUACCCGAAGGCAUGCCAGUCGGCGUUGCUCUCACUCUCAUGAUGGUUGCAAAACGUAUGAAAAAGGCCAAUAUCCUACCCAAAGGUCUUGCCACAGUCGAGACAUUGGGUUGCGUGAACGUCAUCUGUUCGGACAAGACCGGCACUUUAACCCAGAAUAAGAUGUCAGUCAGGUCACUAGGGCUGCUCGAUACGACACUUGAUGUUGAACAACUUCCUAAUACUCAACGCAAUGAGAUGUCAGAGUCCCUGAAGAACUUACUGCGCGGAUCUCUGUUGUGCAAUGACGCUUUUUUUGACCCCGCGACAAUUGCUCUGCCAGUCAAUGAGCGAGGUGUCACGGGAAAUGCUACCGAUGCCGCUGUCCUACGCUUCGCUGAAUCUAUCAUGCCUGACGGUCGUAAUCAGCUAUCUAUGUUCGAAAGAAUCCAUCAAGUUCCCUUCAACUCAAAGAACAAAUGGAUGUUAACGAUUCAUCGGGAUCCCACUGAUACAGAUGGGUAUCUUGUCUUCGUCAAAGGUGCACCGGACGUGUUACUUCCGAAAUGCACUUCAUAUCGAUCAGGCAUCGAUAACACAAUCAAAGUACUGGAUGAGAAAGCAAAGGAGCUGUUCUCGAACUUUCAAGCCGAAUUAUCGAGACGAGCGGAGCGUGUAAUUGUUAUCUGUCAGCGACGCUUCACUCCCCGUGCCGCUGUUGGGUCUAACGACUUCAACGAAGAGGUAUUGGCUGAAUGUGUCCAAAGUUUAACAGUUACUGGAAUCUUCGGAAUAAUGGAUCCACCACGACUAGAGACUGCAGAGACGGUGGCGGCGUGUCGAGGGGCAGGAAUUCGCUUUUUCAUGGUUACGGGUGAUUUCGGUCUGACUGCGGCUGCGAUCGCAAGAGACAUAGGUAUCUUCAGUGGCACUGCUGAACCAGAUACCGUAGAUGACCUGAAGCCCUUCACGGGUGGCGAAAUUGACGAGAAGCAAUCGCUACGCUCUCGCCACAGUCUCCUCGUGGAUGGCAAGCAUAUAUCAGCCCUAAACGAUUGGCAAUGGGAUACCAUAUGCAAGUACGAGGAAAUCGUGUUCGCUCGAACAUCUCCCGAGCAUAAAUAUCGCAUUGUACAAGAGCUCAAGAGCCGGGACAAUGUUGUUGCAGUAACAGGAGACGGAGUCAACGAUGCUCCAGCACUACGAGCAGCCGACGUUGGAAUUGCAGUGGUCUCCGGCAGCGAUGUCGCAAUUGAAGCAGCGGACCUGGUUCUCCUCGACCGAUUCGAUUCAAUUGCCCAAGCUAUCCGGCUAGGCCGUCUAGUGUUCCAAAACCUCCAAAAGGUGAUCGCAUAUCUGCUACCCGCCGGUAGUUGGUCGGAAAUCUGGCCAGUCCUGAUGAACGUAUUCUUCGGCGUGCCACUACCUUUGAGCUCCUUCCUCAUGAUCAUCAUCUGCGUAUUCACCGAUCUCUUCUGCUCCCUUUCUCUCAUCAUGGAGAAGGAAGAAUACGACCUCCUCAGCGUACCCCCUCGAAACCACAAGAAGGACCACCUAAUCAACCUCAAGAUAUACGGCCAAUCAUACCUCUUCGUCGGCGUCAUGGAGGCCUUCUGCGCCCACUCAAUGUUCUUCCUGUACAUGUACAAGAAAGCCGGAAUCCCCUUCCACGCCCUCAUCUUCGCGUUCGAGAAAUACUCCGACGGCUUCUACGGCUACACGCAGGACGAGCUAACCAACUUCAACAACGUCGGCCAGGGCGUCUACUUUGUCAGUCUAGUCAUGCUCCAGUGGGGCAACAUCCUCUCUGUCCGCAACAAACGCAUGUCCAUCCUCCAAGCAGACCCCGUCCGCAAACAGCGCCGGAACCCCUGGCUACCCUUGUCGAUGGCUAUAUCCCUUGUCAUCGCAAUUUUCGUCACCGAGGUCCCGGGCUUCCAUAAAUUAUUCAACACUGCGCCAGUCCCCAUCGAGUUCUGGUUUAUUCCUCUAGCGCUGGCGCUGGGGAUCUUGCUUAUGGAUGAGCUUCGGAAGCUGCUGGUGCGACAGUUCCCGAAGAGUAUAUUCGCGAAGAUCGCAUGGUGAUUGAGUUUCAGCCAGAGAAGACACCAUGAGUACUAUAUUCUGGUAUUUCUAGAUGAAUCGGGUAUUUCUGAUUCCGAGUUGAUGAUGCAUGAAAAAAGGUUUAUGGAAAAGUAGAUGGUGGCAAUAUUGUUUCUAAGUUCAUGUACAUGCUUGCAAUUAUACAUAUAGUACGAUGAUUGACAUGUCACAAAUCGGGUGUAAACCUGCGAAGAUACUAGAUUCUGAAAGGAAUAUACUAUCAAUUAAUACUAGAUGCUAGAGACAUCCUCGACAUCCACUGUAUCUCUCUGUAUUAUUCAUCAUGUACAAGUUCCAUGAUAGAAGCCACUAAUACAAGUGUCAACUGGGCAGAUUCCCAAAUAACCUAUGGAUCAUGCUUGCAUAGCCAAGACUACCUCUAAAGCUUAGCAAGGGCCAAGCUUUGAGAAAUAUUACCUAGAUUGGUAGUGAGUUGCAGAAUUGACGUAGGAGACUGGAGACAGAGUGGACUGUAAUUUGC